GCAGUAUUGGCUCGCAAAGCGCUCCCGGCCGCAGGUGCGCACGAGACGGUGGCGCGGCCUUGUCGGAGGCUGAACCGCCGCGCAUAUAUACGUGUGCCCUCACGCCAGCCGUGCAUUCUAGCUAGCUACUACUAGCUAUUUCGAGACGCAAGCGUCCGUCUCCGUCUCCGAUCCGAUCCAUCGAGCAUACUACGUACGGCGGCGAUGGAGGCGAGGUCGGCCAUUAGCUGGUACUGCGGCUCCCUCCUGGCCGUGGUCAUCGCGCUGUUCCUGUCAGUGUCCCUCGGCGUGCGCGCCGCCGGCGUGGACCUGAAGGCGUCGUGCGCCGCGACGCCGCACCCGGACGUGUGCCUGCGCGCGCUCCAGGACGACCACAGCAUCAAGGGGGCCUCGACCCAGCGGGACCUGGCGUCGGCGGCGAUCCGCGCGGCGGCGACCGCUGGCGGCGCGGUGGGCGACUACGCGCGGGACGAGCUGAACGUGGUCAAGGACAACCUGAUGUGGCAGUGCCUGAACGAGUGCGCCGAGGACAUCGAGGAGGCGCUGGACCACCUGGACGACUCCGAGGGCGGCCUCGACGACGACAAGCUCCGCGACGUCAAGGAGUUCCUCGACACGGCGGAGGAGGACACCUGGUCCUGCGACGAGUCCUGCAAGCACGCCCCCAACACGCCCAUCAAGACCACCCUGCUAGCCAAGAACAAGGACUUCGCCGCCGUCAUGCGCGUCGCCAACGCGCUCAUCAAGCGCGCCACCGCCGGUGACUCGCCGGCGCCAAGAUUCAUCAAUUGAAGCAGUACGGUGAUUCAUCCAUUGAUUAUUCAUCCCCGCGCGCGCCAUACACAUCCACAUCGUAUUGAAUUUGUUGUAGUAUGUAUAUCCUUGUUGCUGGUACCUUUUUAUAUGUGUCUUGUCAUUGUAAUUUGAUUAGAUUGUUUGGGAAUUUUUUACUACAGUAUUUGUACUCAGAUGUACGUAGUGCUUGAUGUUCAUCUACUAGCAGUUCAAUGUGUAGCAAAUGAUUAUAUAGAAUUAUACUAAUAAAAAACAUCAUGGUCUACAUUUUCUCA